AUGAGCAACAGCAGGGUACGUGCGUCCCAACUGGGGCAUGAGCCGACAUGCUUCGUCCUGGCCUUUGGUGGCGGCCCCAGCUUCGAUCAGGCUGAGCUGGUCGCUAAAAUCCAUUCAAUUGUGAGCAAUGCAGUUUUCAUCCGGAGCACCCCUUAUGGGCCAAUAUUCGGCCUGGAGAAUGAAGUGGACCUCCUUAUACUGAUCCGGUCAAGCCCCAUAAUCCUUCGUGACGGACGGAUGAUAGGCUUUUGUCCUCCCGUUGAAUUUGAGGGUAUAGUGCAGUAUGCCACACCUUACAGACAGCUUUCGGUCUACUCCGGCACAGGAGAGGUCAUCAUUUACAUCAUCAACAUAGUUAUAUUUGCUCUUGCCGUAGGAGCUCUGGUGAAUGGGACAACCUUCGUUCGGGAUCUUAGCAUUUCGCUGGGAUACAUGCUCACUGGCCUGCUCUUCUUGUACCUCAUUUUUGUUGCAUUGCGGCUCAUUAGCAAUUGGAGAUAUGCACGACUGUAG